AUGACACCGAUCAAUUCAUACCUAUUGACACUGAAUGUCUUACCACUAAAGGAUAACAAUGGUCAGGAAAAUGAAGAAGUUGGUGCUGCAGAGGGCUCUGAAGGAGAAACCACAACCCAAGGGGAAGCCGAAUCCGAUGUGGAAGGCUAUUCCAACGUGGACGUUCAGUCCUACGUGGAAGACAAAUCCUCCAAUGUGAAAAUCAGUUCUGUGAACAUCAGUGACACAGACGUCAGCCCUGCGGAACUGUCUGGAGAUGAAGUAGACUCUGAGUAUCCAUAUGAAAAAAUCCUUGUUAAAACCAGUCUGGACUCCUACAGGGAGCCCAGCAGUCCAUCAGAACUAGGAGAAGAGGCGUCUGAGCAAAAUGACCAGCUUAGCAAACUGACAAAACCUGAGAAAGAAAUCCAGGAGCACAGCUUCCCUCAGGGGGUACACCACCAAUUCCGCCUGAGCCAAGGGAGCAGCAUCAAGUCUUCUGACAUGGACGAACUCGUCCUGAGCACAGAGGAGCCCUUCAUAGAGGCACCAGAGCUGACUGAAGCCCACCAGAGUGAAGCAGUACAGCCCCCCUUUCUGGACCACCUCCAGCACCUAAGCACAGAGGAGGAGGAAGAGGCCCUGGUGGAUGGAGGAGAGUCUGAAGGAAGCAAUGAGGCAGAUGAAGAGUCCCAGCUGGUGGUUUUGGACCCAGCUCAUCCUCUGAUGGCCAGAUUCCAGACGGCGCUGAAGAGCUACCUCACCCGACAGAUCGACAAGCUGAAGCUAGAACUCCGGGAACUGACCGCGGCCACCAAGCAGACGCACGCCCAGCGGCAGGAGAUGGGCGUGAACCUGUACGGCGUGCAGCAGCACCUAGCGCGUCUGCAGAUGCUGUUGGAGCGCAGCCACGACCGCUACUCGCUGGUAGCCUGCGAGCGGCGACAGGUCGAGGAGGGGCUGCAGGGCGCGCGCUGCCUCUACACGCGGACCCACGCGGCUGCCCUGGAGGAGCACAAGAGGCUGGCGGCCCUGCAAGCCGAGGUGGAAAGCCUGGCUCUGCGCCUCUUCUACAUGCAGAACGUCGACCAGGAUAUGCGCGGGGACAUCGCUAUCAUGAAGCAGGUGGUCAAGAAAGCCGAGAUGGACAGGAGGCAGGCGGAGGUGGAGAAGCAAAAGCAGGACCUACAUGUGGAUCAGCUCACCACGCAGGUCCAUCAGCUGGAAGAAAACAUCGCCCUGUUUGAGGCCAAGUAUCUCUCUCAGGCUGAGGACACCCGGAUCUUACGGAAGGCGGUGGGGGAGGCCUGCAUGGAAAUCGAUACCAUCAACAUGGAGAAGAAGCACAUUCUGCAGCAGUGGACCACCAGCCUGGUGGGGAUGAAACACCGAGACGAGGCUCACAGGACCAUCCAGGACGCCCUAAGUGAAUGCCAACAUCAAGUCAAGUCCAUCGAUGGUGAGCUCGAAGCCUAUAAGAAGUCGGUCAUGAAGGAGGAAGAAAAGAAUGAGAAGCUAGCAAGCAUUCUGAACAGGGUGGAGACAGAAGCCAACCUCAUGCAGAAGCUGACCACCCAGUGCCUGGCCAAGCAGGAGGCCCUGCAGAGCGAGUUCAACACCUACCGGCUGACCCUGCAGGAAACCGAGGAUGCCCUGGACAAGGCCCACCAGGAACACACAGCCAUCCUGUGCGAACUGCAGGCCAUCAACCAGGCCAUUCAGAACGAGCUGGACACGAGGCGGAAGAUGGAGGAGUCCAUCCUUGAGAAGCUGCAGGAGCACAUGACCUCCAACAAGAUGACCAAAUACUUCAACCAGCACAUCAUCAAGCUGCAGAAGGAAAAAACCAAUCUGGUGACUCAUCUAUCCAAAAUCGAUGGUGAAAUCGCUCAGACCACCCUCAACAUCACCAACACCGACUGCCGGCUCGACAUGCACCAGCAGGUGCUUGUGGAGCUAGACAUGGAAGUGAAGAAGGUCAACGUUCUCAUCGCCAACAGCGAAAGCGAAAUCGCUCGGCGCACAAUCCUGAUCGAGAGGAAGCAGGGCCUCAUCAACUUCUUCAACAAACAGCUGGAGCAGAUGGUUUCCGAACUGGGGGGGGAAGAGGUAGGGCCCCUGGAGCUGGAGAUCAAGAGGUUGGUGAAGCUGAUUGAGGAGCACAAUGCCAGCGUGGCCCAGGCCCAGGUGAGCUGGCUGCGGCUGCAACAGGACAUAGUCAAGGUCACCCAGGAGCGCGAGGCGCAGCUGGCCAACCUGGACCUGUUCAAGAAAGAGAUUCACAUCAUGGAGCAGAAGAAACUGCGGAUUGAGAACAAGAUCACGCAGGAGAAGAGAGAACAGAAGGAGAUCCAGAGGCACAUGAAAGACCUGGAUAACGACCUGAAGAAGCUCAAUAUGGUGAUGAACAACAACAGGUGCAGCUCUGAGGAGCUCCAGCAGGUCACCAUGGUGACGGAGACGGAGUUCGUGCGCUCCCUCAAGGCCUGUGAGAGAGAGACCAUGGAGAUGCAGGAGAGGCUGAACCAGAUCAAAGAGGAGAAGACGUCCAUCCUCAACAGCCUGGUGGAAGCCGAGCACCAGAUCAUGCUGUGGGAGAAGAAACUCCAGCUGGCCAAAGAGAUGCGCGCCUCCGUGGAUUCCGAGACCGGCCAGGCUGAGAUCCGAACCAUGAAAGCGGAGAUUCACAGGAUGAAGGUCCGGCACGGGCAGCUGAUGAAGCAGCAGGAGAAGAUGGUCAGGGACAUGGAGAUGGCCGUGGCCCACAGGGACACCAUCACCACCCGGGCCGAGGGCCAGAGCAAGAUGGACAAGAAGACGAUCACUCGCACAGAUUUCCAUUACAAGCAGAUUGAACUGAGACGGAAGAUCAGGGACAUCCACAAGGCCACUGAGGUGUGCUCUCAGACCAUGCAGGAGUUGGAAGAGAUGCAGAAAAGCGUGAGCAACUCUCUGAUGGAGAAACAGGAGACGCUGUCGGCCACGCAGUCCGAUUCCGACCUUCUAGAUGCUGACCUCGAACGGCUGGUGGCCCUCAAGCGGCAGAACCUCUCCGAGAUUGUAAACUUGCAAACGCGUCUGAAGCACCUGCAGGCCCUGAAGGAGGGGAAGUACGUGCCCCUGUAUCGCUCCGAGCAGUCCCUGCAGGCGGAGAGCAAGCGGCUGGACAGCCGGCUGGCCAUCAUCAGCGCCAUCCUGGACCGUGUGAAGGACGAGUACCCACAGUUCCAGGAGACCCUCCACAAGCUCAGACAGACCAUCGCUGCCAAGAUGGAGGCCCCAGGAUCCAGCUCUGAAGCCACCACGGGGUCCAGAACAUUAUAA